GGAGCCCGUUUACCGUGAAGAUCAGCGGGGAGGGGAGAGUUAAGGAGAGCAUCACUCGUACCAGUCGGGCCCCGUCUGUGGCCACUGUCGGGAGCAUCUGUGACCUGAACCUGAAAAUCCCAGAAAUCAACAGCAGCGACAUGUCGGCCCACGUCACCAGCCCCUCUGGCCACAUCACCGAGGCAGAGAUUGUGUCCGUGGGGAAGAACUCGCACUGUGUCCGGUUUGUGCCCCAGGAGAUGGGCGUUCACACGGUCAGUGUCAAGUACCGCGGCCAGCAUGUGACCGGCAGCCCCUUCCAGUUCACCGUGGGGCCGCUGGGCGAAGGGGGCGCCCACAAGGUCCGCGCGGGAGGCCCUGGCCUGGAAAGAGGAGAAGCAGGGGUCCCAGCCGAGUUCAGCAUCUGGACCCGGGAAGCAGGUGCUGGUGGCUUGUCCAUUGCCGUCGAAGGCCCCAGUAAGGCCGAGAUUACAUUCGAUGACCAUAAAAACGGAUCGUGCGGUGUGUCUUACAUUGCCCAGGAGCCUGGUAACUAUGAGGUAUCUAUCAAGUUCAACGACGAGCACAUCCCUGAAAGUCCUUACCUGGUGCCGGUCAUCGCGCCCUCUGACGACGCCCGCCGCCUCACUGUUAUGAGCCUUCAGGAAUCGGGAUUAAAAGUUAACCAGCCAGCCUCCUUUGCUAUAAGGUUGAAUGGGGCAAAAGGCAAGAUUGAUGCAAAGGUGCACAGCCCCUCCGGAGCCGUGGAGGAGUGCCACGUGUCUGAGCUGGAGCCAGGUAAGCUAGAGGCGGGUGGGCAGGCCCCGGCAUCUGCACCUCCCCGAGGAACAUGUCUGCAAGCGUGCACCCCCUCGGAGGGCUCAUUGGCCGCACCGAGGCCAGCCAGCCUUCAGAUUCUCUUCUCCUGCUGUUGCCAGGCACUGAGUACACAUGAGGGCAUAAACAUUUACCAGGGAUAGGAAGACACUUCGGGAUAUAGCCUUCCCUUUUUUCUUUUCUUUUCCUUUCUUUUCUUUUCAACAAAUACUGCUUUAUUUUCUGUUGUUUUUCAGAUUCCCUUCACGUUCUAUUCAUUGUAAUUUUUUUCUCCUAGUUUAACAAAAUCUUAUAGAUUUUUAUUACGUUGUUGACCUUAUGACACAAAUAAGUACUCUUUGACCUCACUUUGAGGGAAAAGUUAAUUGAUGUUCAUCUGUAAAUUUCAAAGAAUCUGGGGCUCCAGCAUGCUUCCUAGCAUAAGAUUUUCCUGCCCGCUCCCUUGACGUACGGAAUUCUCUGACCUCUCUCAACUUUAAUGAGCCAUUUUGCCAGUGAACAUUUAUCAAGUGUGAGAGACUUGGCAGGACGGUAAGGCUAAGGAAGACAUGAUGCCUGCCCUCAAAGAGGAGCUCAGAGUGGAGUGGGGACCUGGCCGGAAGCCUGUAGUACCCUGGGGAGGACCCCAGAGGGUCACCAAUACCCCAGGGGAACCGAGAACCAAAUGAUAAAGGAGGAGGAGAGAAAAAUACUUCCUGCCUUGGUGAGGCCCGAGGGCUUCUCAGAGGAAGCGACAUUGAAUGUGGGCCCCGAUGCAUGAGGAAGGGCCCUGUGAUCACCUGCCCUUAAUCGGGCAUUUGCUGUGUGUCCUGCGACAUGUACAGCGAAGGUAGACAUCUGGAGAGGUAGGAGAACAGGCAGUCUGCAUCCCAGGUGGGAGGGCUUCAAGGAGGAAGAGAUGAUGGAUGGAUAUUCUUGGUGUCUGUUCAGUGAACAGAUUGCCACAUGCUGUGACCCAAACACACUGUGGAAAACCUGGCCAUUGCCUGGGGAGGGGGGCGGGGCAGUUGGUAGCUUAGAGCUUAAUUCAGAAGCAUUAAUGCCAGUUGGAACCAUUUCUUUUCCCUUCAAGGGGCCAAGUGAGAAGUGAGUUUUUCAUAAAGUGUUUUCCCAGGGGUGCCUGGGUGGCUCAGUCGAUUAAGCGUCUGCCUUUGGCUCAGGUCAUGAUCCCAGGUUCCUGG